CCAAUUUUCAUGCGGACAGUUGCCAGCGAUCGCGUGGGUUGGGGUUGGGGAUUCGACGAACGUUGACAUCACCGCUGACAUAAUCGAUCCCCAAAUCACAUGAAAUUCGACCUCCACCAUUGAAUACUACUACAUACUAGUGGUCUCUGCCUCGAGGCUCCCUACAUCUUUUCCACUCCCCCAUGAACUACAUCCGUGGCGCUGUCAGUGCCAUUAGCGCUCCCUAUCAAUACUACAGAGACCUGCCCCCGAUCAAUCCUGCAACCCUCACCGGAGCCAUUGAUGUCAUCGUGGUCGAGCGCCCCACAGCGGACAAAGGAACCGAGCUAGUCUGUUCCCCAUUCCACGUCCGCUUCGGAAAAUGGCAGGUGCUCCGCCCAGGAGAGAAGAAGGUGAAAGUCAUGGUGAACGGACAGCCGAUUCCAUUCGACAUGAAGAUUGGGGAGGCGGGCGAAGCCUUUUUCGUGUUCGAAACCGACGACGAUGUCCCCGAGGACCUCAUUACGAGUCCUCUGCUCCAGCCAACGCGCCCCGAAGACACUCAGGCUGCCGACGUUCCGACGGAUAGGUUUGGGUCCAAACAAGAUCCGGAGGAAGCUGCGGCGCAGGAUAUCCCGUCAACUGAGCGGACAGACAGCCCCAUAGGCGAACCAGAGUUUCUCGACCUCGAUGCUCGACCCGAUAGUCGCAAACGACCGUCCGAUAUAGUGAUGCCUUCAGUGGCACCGGGCGUGCCCUUUCCGGGCUCCGCUUCAGGUUACGACGAACAGGACAAGGCAGUUUUGAGCCGUAAUGUCGAAUACAAACACGAUGUUGCCAUUGACGGUGAAGGCUACCAUUCUCAGCCGAAGCAUGACCGGGAGCGGACCAUAACAGCUGAUGAGAAUGGGCAUUAUGCGUCGCCCCCGGCUUCCCCAUCGAAAGACAAAUCGCAUCCCCACGGUAUGGACUACUCCUGGGAAUGGGGCGCAUUUCCCCAGCCGUCGCCGAUGCAAGCCAGCUUCGGUGAUAACAUCCCCGGGCCCAGUAAAGUGCCCCAGCGGUCGGCUACCGGAUCACGAAUGAGCAAACUCAACGCAGCUACUGAUGGAGACGAAACCGAUGAUGACGUCUCCGGCGCUCGGAGCCGCAGCGUUCCUCCAGCCGGGAGUCCUUCGCGUUCGAGGAGGAAGUUGCGAGACGAGGAUGUCGAGGAUGUGCUGCCGUCGCCGUCUGUGGAUCCUGGUUUCGGGUCCGGUGGACGGCUGUCUGCACUUGCGGCUGAUCCAACGCACUUGACUGUAGCGAUCGAGGGAAAGAAGAUUCCAUUUGAGCUGAGCAUUAUUGAGAAUCGAGAACGUCAACCUUUCGAUCGCCAUAAUGAAGUCGACGCCGCGCGACAAUUCGCUAAGGGCAAGAUUGAUUUGCACCGUUUGUUAGAGGACGACACGGCCGUGAAAGACCCCUCCCUCGUCAUCCGGUGGAAUGAGGACCAAUACAUUAUUCGCGCAGAUGGAUCUCCGCUAAUGGAUGCUCUAGUCUUGUGGAGGGACGCACUGCUGGCCGAGACUGCCAACGGGAUGAUGCUUCGCCCAACCUCCCCGCCCUUGUCGGAUGUUGAAGAGGACGCCACUCCAAUCGCCGAGGAGGAGGAGGAGCAGAAGCGACAUUACCGUGCGAAAUCAGAGCCACCCGAGUCGACGCCGAAGCCGAAGCCGACGUCGUCGUCCUGGGUUCAGUGGUGGGGUCGAAGCAAACGAGAGGAUGCGCACAGAGAUGAUCGUCCGCGUCUGCCUUGGACUGCAUCGGAGCCAAAUCCAAAUGACCUCAAGGUGACCCCUCCGAAACGAUCAGCCACCGAUGUGCCUCCAGCCGACUCGGCACCAGAGCCGUCAACGCCGGUCCAACGUCCGACUCAACUGCCUCUUCAGCCAUCACCUGAGAAUGCAGGCAAGCGCAAGUACGUCAAGACGCUUCGAUUGACGUCAGACCAACUGAAAACACUCAAGUUGAAGCCUGGACCGAAUUCGAUCACUUUUUCGCUCUCUGCAACUGGAGCUGUAGCGUGUACCGCACGGAUAUUUGUCUGGGACUCUAUGGAUACCGUACUCAUCUCGGAUAUCGAUGGUACCAUCACCAAAUCCGACGGACUGGGUCAUGUCUUUGCAAUGAUCGGGAGAGACUGGACUCAUUUGGGUGUCGCGAAACUCUACACCGACAUCAUCCGCAACGGAUACAAGAUCAUGUAUCUCACGUCCAGGGCCAUCGGACAGGCAGACGCGACCCGAGAUUACCUGAAGGGCAUCAAGCAGAAUGACUAUCAGCUGCCGGAGGGACCAGUGAUCAUGAGCCCUGAUCGACUCAUGGCGUCGCUGCAUCGGGAAGUGAUUAUGCGCAAACCAGAGGUGUUCAAGAUGGCUUGCCUACGAGACAUUCAGCGAUUGUUCGGCGAGGGACGCAACCCAUUUUAUGCUGGGUUUGGGAACCGGAUCACAGACGCUCUAUCGUAUCGCAGCGUGAAUGUGCCCAGCUCACGAAUCUUCACGAUCGAUUCGUCGGGCGAGGUGAAGCUGGAGCUGUUGGAGCUCGCCGGUUACAAGUCGUCGUACAUCCACAUGACGGAUCUCGUGGACCAGAUCUCCCCCCUAUCCACCGGAAGUGGACAGAAGAGUACACCGACUUCAACUUUUGGAAAGCCCCCGUCCAGGAGUUUGCGCUGCCGGAUCUGUCGCCACCGUCCCCGGCCCUCAGUGCUCGCUCCGAAACUUCGAGCACCAUGGCUCGGAUCCGCAACUUCAGCCUCGUGCCGAGUCGCCAGUCGACUGCCAACGCUCGACAAGGAACUUUGCGCCAGGUUUCUCGGGACAACUCACCCCCGCUCUCGAGCUCUUAUGGAUCGCGCCGGAGCGCCAGCCCCGAGUCGCGCACUUCGUCAUCGACAUUUGCCGACUCUGAUGAUGACGAAAUCGAUUUCGAUAGCAAACAGGCACGGAGGAUGAGAAGGACGAGUAUGACCAGCAUGCCUGGCUCAUUGGACGACGACGACCUGCAGUUUGAUUUGGAAGACGACCACGAGGUUGAGUACGAUGACGAUCUCGAGCAUGACGAGCAAGAUGAGGAUGAGGCCCUUGAGCAAGAUCUCCUUGCGGCUGGCGAGAUGAAGAACGUUCCGUUCUUGUGACACUGGGAUUAUAGUACUACCGUAACUUAAUCUAAUCUAAUCACCUUUUGCCGUCAUGCCGAACCAUCGGAGAAUGAAGUUGUGUUGAUGUCCCGGCCAAAAUUUGAAGCGGAGCUCGACAGCUAGAUAGUACGUAGGCGUGACCGUAUCCCAAUUUUUCCUUACACAUCGACGAAAGCGGACGAAGACUCGCCACCUUUUCUCACUCAUUUUCUCAAUCUAAAAACGAAAAGAUGUCUGACGCUGGAGAUGAAAUUCAGGUUGACGCCCCGGUCGAGGAGGUCGAGGUCGCUCAGGACGCACCCAAGGGAAAGCUUACCGUCGAAGAGGCUCUUCAGCAAGUCCUGAAGAAUGCCCUCGUGCACGACGGUCUGGCCCGUGGUCUCCGUGAGGCUGCCAAGGCCCUGGACAAGCGUCAGGCGCACUUGUGCGUGCUCGUCGAGACCUGCACCGAGGCCGAGUACAUCAAGCUCAUCGAGGCGCUCUGCGCCGAGCACAAGAUCAACCUCAUCAAGGUUGGUGACCCGAAAAUCCUCGGCACCUGGGCUGGGCUCUGCAAGAUCGACCGCGAGGGCAACCCGCGCAAGGUCGUCGGCUGCAGCUGUGUCGUCGUCAAGGAGUACGGUGUCGAGAGCGAGGGCCUGCACGUCCUGCUCGACUACUUCAAGAACCGCUGAAGAGCUGGUUUCUGGACGAGGUUUUUGAUAGUUUUAUUGCAUCGCAUCUAUGUAUCUGCACAAUGAAAUGUAUCACUGACCGUCACGUGCAAACUAUCCGAGCUUGAGUGGUCUCUUUGCUCUAUACUCUGAGGCCAUGACGUCUGCUCGUAUCUCGCUCAGUCUUGUCGUCGACCUCAACCCACCUGUCUGGUACCUGGCAGUCAAGAACGCCUCUAGCCGCGCGCCCGCUCGUCUCGAACUUUCGGUGGCGCGCAGGAUCAAUAGGGUCACCAGCGUUCUCGCCCAGCUAUUUCCUUCGAUUCCAAGGGCUAUGACGCGUCCAUUCCUACUGCUAACAGCUUUCUUGCCCGCUGCUCAACGUGUCAGUACAACGGAGUCGCAAGAGGAUACUAUCAUACAUGGGGCAGACCACUCGCAAAUGUGUCCCCUCAGCGAAAAGCAACCUGCACCAGUCUGUGCCAACACGCUCCGUCUUUUCUCGGCGCCAAGUUCCAGCGACGUGGUUCCCCGACCGCAGCUUAACGCUCCCUCGAUCACAAACGUGCUCAUGGCGGCAUCUAUCUCACUUCUACUUCUCGCCAUUCUCGUCCUCGCACUCAAGCGCGCUGGUCAGCGUUCUCGCCUUCUCCGACCCUUGUCUCCUCAAAUAGUGACUGAGAUGCAACCCUCAAACUCCAUCGAAGAAGUCGCGCGCCUCGUCGAAAUCCCAGUCUCCGAGAAUCUAAGCGUCGGACACGCCACGCAAGAAUGGGAUCCAUUCGAGUCGGAGAAUCUGCAGUCGCGGGGCGGCACCUACUGCACUGAAGGCCUGGUGCUAGACGCCCAGUCCCUGAUCAUGCCCGCACCAGCUGCAUUCCUCGAUGACGGAUCGUCGAGGUUCCGUCGAAGGAGCGCAGCGUUCGACGUGGAGCGGAGACUGCCGUUGAUGCUAAAGACACAGAUGGACUUCCCUGCUGGGCGUCGGUAUUCUGCGCCCAUGGCUCUGCCCGUACUAGAUUUCGACUCAAACGAGGAGAGUACUGAUGAGACGCUGCCUCUGCAGACGGGCCGCGUGCGAGACAUGGCGCGAUUGUGGGGCGCGGCCCCGCCUUCGAAGCAGAACGCGAGGUAUUGGACCCAGUUUCGGCAGGGGGCAUUGGGGGAUCUAUAGGACCUGCGUUGUUUCUCAGUGGAUUGUAGAACAGCUAGAGAAGGCAAGAGGACUUGUGAAUGUAUGCACAAAUCUACGGGAAAUCAAGGAUACG